AUGUUACACUUGUCACGUAAAAUGUAUGCAAAAAAAGUGGAUUUUAAUAUUUUACUCCAAAAUUUCUACUCUUCUUGGCAAAAUAAUUUAUCAACCUCGAUAAAAACUUUCAAGAAAAGUAUGCCAACUUUAGUAAACGAAGAUAAAACAAUUUCCAAAAAAACAAAUCCUGUCAUAGACCAGAUCCAAGGUGAUUUUAAAAUUAUAAAGUGUGUGGGGUGUAAACCUGCAUUUGACUUUAAACCAUUAUCAUUAAAUAUGUUGAAAAAAAUCAGAUAUUGUCUUAAAGUAGAUAAUUUAACUAAUUAUUGUGGUGAUCGUAGCUAUUAUUUCCUCGGACCGUUGGCAAAAAUUGAACAUGCUCUUGUCAAAUACACUUUAGACAAAUUAAUUAAAAAUGGUUUCAAAUUAAUUUCAGUUCCAGAUAUAUUACCAGAUGAAUUAAUUAAUAGAUGUGGUAUGGAUACAGUUGGUGAACGAAAUCAAGUUUACUCACUUGAUGAUAAUCAUUACGGUAAUAAAUGGUGCCUAUCUGGUACUUCUGAAAUGGCUCUAGCUGGUUCUUUAAUGAACAAAAAUAUAUCUAAAGAUAAACUUCCUCUAAAACUGUGUGCAGUUAGUCGUUGUUAUAGAGCUGAAGUAUCAAGUAUUGCUGAAGAAAAAGGAAUUUAUAGAGUACAUCAGUUUACUAAAGUUGAAAUGUUUGGAGCAUGUUUACCAGAAGAAUCAGAAAAUAUGGCUCUUUAUUUCCGAAAUCUUCAAGAAGAGUUAUUUCAGCCACUUGGCUUACAUUAUCGUGUUUUAGAUAUGGCCAAACAUGAGCUUGGAACUCAAGCAUAUCGUAAAUAUGACAUUGAAGCUUGGAUGCCAGGGCGUAAUAAAUAUGGGGAAAUUUCAAGUUGUAGUGAUUGUACAAAUUAUCAAGCAAAAAGAUUGGGUAUUCGUUCAGAUAACAUUUAUUUACAUACUGUUAAUGGAACAGCAUGUGCUGUUCCCAGAUUAAUCAUUGCUCUAGCUGAAACUCAUCAAACAGCUGAUGGAACACUAAAAUUGCCCGAGAAACUUAAUAGUUAUGUUAGAGGACACAAUUUAUUAAACAUUCAAUCUAAUUUUCCUAAGUUCACUCCUGUACAAGCACAUAGAUAUAAAAUAAUUUAA